AUGACAUCCCCUGAGUACGAGCCACUGCUCUCGAAUCUCUACUCUAGCACCUCCAGCAUCCCGCACUUAUCUUCGGAUGCCAUCGAAGAGCUUCUUCUGCACCAGAGGCAACAAAUCACAUUCAGGUGGUGGUCUCGCCUCUUCGCUUGGGAGUCAAGGCUGCUCUGGCUCUUAUCAGGUUCCUCCAUCGUCGUCUCGGUAUUCAACUACAUGCUCAGCUUUGUGACCCUCAUGUUCACUGGCCAUCUGGGUGCCUUAGAGCUCGCUGGUGCCUCCAUUGCCAGUGUCGGAAUUCAAGGCCUUGCCUAUGGCAUUAUGCUUGGGAUGGCGAGCGCAGUGCAGACAGUGUGCGGGCAAGCGUACGGAGCCAAGAGGUACUCAGCAAUGGGGAUAAUAUGCCAGAGGGCGGUCCUGCUGCACUUAGGAGCAGCAAUCCUGCUCUCAUUCCUCUACUGGUUCGCCGGCCCGGUCCUGCGGGCGAUGGGCCAGUCGGACAGCAUUUCGGAGCAAGGGCAGGUGUUCGCCAGGGGGCUCAUCCCGCAGCUGUACGCAUUUGCGGUGAGCUGCCCGCUGCAGAGGUUCCUGCAGGCGCAGAACAUAGUGAACCCUCUGGCGUUCAUGUCGGUGGGGGUUUUCUUGCUGCACACGCUGCUGACGUGGGUCGCCAUCGAUGUGGCUGGGUGGGGGCUCCUUGGUGCCGCCCUGACGCUGAGCUUCUCGUGGUGGGUGCUGGCGUUGUUGAAUGCUGUGUACGUGGCUUUCAGCCCUCGCUGUAAGGAGACGUGGACGGGGUUGUCUGUCAGGGCUUUUACGGGGAUAUGGCCUUACUUGAGGCUCACGCUUGCUUCUGCUGUCAUGCUUUGCUUGGAGAUAUGGUACAGUCAAGGGUUAGUGCUAAUAUCAGGUCUUCUGUCCAACCCAACAGUCGCCUUAGACUCCAUCUCCAUUUGCAUGAACUACUUGAACUGGGAUAUGCAGUUCAUGCUGGGCCUAAGUGCAGCUGCAAGCGUCCGGGUGAGCAAUGAGCUGGGAGGAGGGCAUCCGAACGUGGCGAGGCUAGCGGUCGGGGUGGUCAACUUCACCAGCAUCCUCAUCAGCACGCUCUUCAGCGCCGUGGUGUUGAUCUGCAGAGUUGGGCUGAGCAAGCUCUUCACCACCGACUCUCAGGUCAUCGACGCAGUCUCCAAUCUCACUCCGCUGCUCGCCAUCUCCGUCUUCCUCAACGGCAUCCAGCCUAUCCUCUCCGGAGUGGCGAUUGGGAGUGGGUGGCAAGGCGUGGUGGCCUAUGUCAACUUGGCUACUUACUACAUCAUCGGCCUUCCAAUUGGAUGCGUGCUUGGCUUCAAAACCUCUUUGGGAGUUGCGGGGAUUUGGUGGGGAAUGAUCAUAGGAGUUGUGUUGCAAACAAUAACGUUGAUUAUUAUCACAGCAAGAACAAACUGGGAUGCUGAGGUCGCAAAAGCGGUUGAAAGGCUGAAGAACUCUGCCAAUGAGGAGAACCUGGACCUCGUUGAAAUUUAGAAUUUACUAGAGAUUUGCUUUUUGCCUUGCAAGGACCCCGACCGUUUCUUUUCUGUGUUCGAUUUGGCUUUAGUUUUUUUUAGUGAUCAGCGUAACACCCGAUCAUAUAAUUUGUUUACAAUACCUAAACCACCCUUCGUUGGUUACGCAUAUCCUGAUUAACCCUAAGCUGAACCCUUCUGAUCAGCUACUAGUAUAUAUGUAAGUGUAACAGAGUAGCCGCGAAGAGGACCCAAAAACCCCUCAUCCCUCCCGGUUUAAUUCGAUCGACCCAAAUAGAAGACCACCAACGCCUGCUAGGGGGAUUGAUCCACAAGGUAAGGACUUGCCGUAAGGCCUUUGGUUUAGGAUUAACGUGUGGGAUAUUACUGUACUGAUAUCAUGACUCCACCAUCUAAUUGC